UGUGACCAAUGUAGAGAUAAAGAUGACAAGCAUUGUCUGAUCACCAAGACUGAUGCCAGAAACGAGUACCUACUCAAGGAUGUGGAUUUUGAAAAGCGAAAACCACCACUGAAGUUUAUUGUGAGGAAAAAUCCCCAUAAUUCUCGAUGGGGUGACAUGAAGCUGUAUCUGAAACUUCAGGUCGAAAAGCGAGCGCUUGAGGUGUGGGGAUCUGAGGAAGCACUAGAAGAAGCCUUGGAGAAAAAGGAUCAUCAGAAAGAAGCAAAUAAACAGAAGAGAUACAAUAAGAAGAUGAAAGUAUGGCAAAAAGUGCCAUCUUCCACCACUUGCUUUAGUGAUGAAUAUAGGGAAUACAUUUAA